AUAAAAUACUCAGUUUUAGGAGCCUUGCCAUGGCCUUGAGCAUAGAACCCUGUGUCACUACUCACUAUUAGGCAAUAGGCAUUAGCAAUAGCCACUGUAUUCACUACUCUCCAUUUUCCCAUACACCUAUCACCUAAUCCCUUACCUCCAAACCCUUUCCCUUCUCUUUCUUCCUCCCACCAUCAACAAUCCUUUUUCACCAUUGUCAACCUCUAAAUGUACUUCAUUCAUUAGCCUCCAUUUUCUGGUAAGAAACUUGUUCACCCUUUUAAGCAUGAAAAACAGAGUUAUUAGCAUUUAGCAUUUCACAUGCACACAUUUUAAGCAUGAAAAACAGAGUGUAUUAUUUCUCCUUGCAACUUCACAGUUUCAGUUUUUAACCGUUUUUUUAAUUUUUUUUUCUUAAAAAGGAACUAAAUGGAGACUUAUAAUCUACAAUCCAUCCAUGUUUAUAUCAUAAACAUGAUUUUAAUGAUCUGGGUAGUUUCAGUUUCAAGCUUAUCACCAGAUGGGCAAGCCUUAUUAUCUCUCUUAUCAGCUGCAGACCCCAUUUCAAAAUCAUCAUCUUCAAUACUUUCUACAUGGAAUCCUUCUUCCAUUACUCCAUGUUCAUGGAAAGGUAUUACUUGUUCUCCUCAGCAAAAUGUCAUUUCUCUUUCUCUUCCCAACAUCUUUCUCAACCUUUCUUCUCUUCCUUCUCGCCUCUCUUCCCUCUCAUCUCUUCAACUUCUUAAUCUUUCAUCCACCAACAUCUCUGGUUCCAUUCCUCCCUCAUUUGGCCUUUUUUCCCAUCUUCGUCUUCUCGACCUUUCCGAUAAUAACCUCUCUGGUUCCAUCCCAAAAGAACUAGGAAACCUUUCUUCAUUACAGUUCCUUUACUUGAAUGCCAAUAAACUUUCUGGGCAAAUCCCACCUCAGCUUUCUAAUUUAACCUCUUUGCAAGUUCUUUGUCUUCAAGAUAGUUUGAUUAAUGGCUCAAUACCUUCACAGUUGGGUUCAUUACUAUCCCUUCAGCAGUUUAGGUUAGGGGGUAACCCUUAUUUAACAGGGAAGAUCCCUCACCAGUUAGGUUUACUCACUAAUCUUACAAUAUUUGGGGUUGCUGCAACUGGGUUAUCCGGAAACCUACCCUAUACAUUUGGGAACCUCCAAAAAUUAGAGACCCUUGCUGUGUAUGAUACCGAGAUUUCUGGGUCGAUUCCGCCAGAGUUGGGUUCAUGUUCCCAGCUCACAAAUUUGUACUUACACAUGAAUAAGAUGACGGGCGAAAUACCCCCUCAGUUGGGUAGACUUAAGAAGCUCAGUAGCUUACUUCUAUGGGGGAAUACUCUAUCGGGCAGUAUUCCAGCCGAGCUGUCGAAUUGUUCGGACUUGAUUGUGCUUGAUUUAUCAGCUAAUAAUUUAUCUGGGAAGAUUCCUGGUGAAUUGGGGAAAUUGGUGUUGUUACAGCAGCUUCAUCUAUCAGAUAAUUUACUAACUGGUUCAAUUCCUUCUGAGUUGAGUAACUGUACUAGUCUCACUACUAUACAGUUUGAUAAGAAUCAACUUUCAGGUGUUAUUCCUCCUCAGAUAGGAGAUCUUAAGUUUUUGCAGAGCUUUUUCCUAUGGGGAAACUCGGUGUCUGGGACUAUUCCUGCCGAGUUUGGGAAUUGUAGUGAGCUAUACACGCUCGAUCUUUCGAGGAAUAAGCUUACUGGGUCAAUCCCAGAGGAAAUUUUAGGAUUGAAGAAGCUCAGCAAGCUGUUGUUGCUGGGGAAUGCAUUGACUGGUGGGUUGUCACCGGCUAUUGCAAACUGUGAGUCGUUGGUGAGAUUGAGGCUGGGAGAAAAUCGACUUUCUGGACAGAUUCCAAAAGAGAUAGGGCAGUUGCAGAAUCUUGUUUUUCUCGACUUGUAUAUGAAUCAAUUUUCGGGUAAUCUCCCUCAUGAGAUUGGUAAUGUCACUGUCCUUGAGCUGCUUGAUUUGCACAAUAAUCAUUUGACAGGAGAAAUCCCAUCUGAGUUGGGACACCUAGUAAACCUUGAACAACUUGAUCUAAGUAAGAAUAGCUUUACUGGGGAAAUACCUUUGAGUUUCGGAAACUUCAGCUACCUAAAUAAACUCAUCCUUAACAACAAUUUCUUAUCAGGGCACAUUCCUGCUUCCAUCCGAAACAUGCAAAAACUUACACUUCUUGAUCUGAGCUCGAAUAACCUAUCCGGGGAAAUCCCACCUGAAAUCGGGUUUUUGACAAGCUUAUCGAUUAGCUUAGACUUGAGUCAUAACGCAUUGAGUGGUCAAAUCCCGGAACCUAUCUCUAGUUUAACUCAGUUGCAGUCUCUAGAUCUUUCUCACAACAUGCUUUCUGGAAAAAUCAUAGUGCUUGGUUUCUUAACAAGCCUGACUUCUUUGAAUGUCUCCUUCAAUAACUUCUCGGGCCCUAUUCCCGUUACUCCAUUUUUCAAAACCCUAACAUCAAAUUCCUUUCUCGACAACAAAAACCUCUGUCAAUCUCUUGAUGGUUCUACAUGUUCAUCAGGCUUUUUUGGAAGGCAUGGUUUAAACACUGCCAAAACAUUUACUCUAAUAUUUGUGAUCCUAGCGUCUGUUACAACGGCUCUUAUAGUUUCGUGGAUAGUCGUUGCAAGAAAUCGAAGAUACAUAGUAGAGAAAUCAGGUGGAAACUCGACUGCUGCAGCGGGUUCAGAUGAUUUCUCUUAUCCAUGGACUUACAUUCCCUUCCAAAAGCCCGGUUUCACAAUCGACAACAUAUUAGACUGCUUAAAAGAUGAAAAUAUCAUAGGGAAAGGAUGUUCUGGUGUUGUAUACAAGGCAGAAAUGCCCUCAGGAGAGCUAAUUGCUGUUAAAAAACUAUGGAAAACGAAGAAAGAAGACGAAAUUGUCGAUUCAUUCGCUGCAGAAAUAGAGAUCCUUGGGCAUAUUCGACAUAGAAAUAUCGUGAAGCUGUUGGGUUAUUGUUCAAAUAAGAGUGUGAAGCUACUGCUUUAUAAUUACAUAUCGAAUGGAAAUUUGCAGCACCUGUUGCAGAAUAAUCGAAACUUGGACUGGGAAACGAGGUAUAAGAUUGCUGUUGGAUCAGCACAUGGUCUUGCUUAUCUCCAUCACGAUUGUGUGCCACAGAUUAUUCACAGAGAUGUCAAAUGCAAUAACAUACUUCUCGAUUCAAAGUACGAUGUUUAUCUCGCGGAUUUUGGAUUAGCAAAGCUCAUGCAUUCUUCUAACUAUCAUCAUGCAAUAUCUAAAGUUGCUGGAUCUUAUGGAUAUAUAGCUCCAGAGUACGGUUACACAAUGAACAUAACGGAAAAGAGUGAUGUUUACAGUUACGGAGUAGUCCUGUUGGAAAUCUUAAGCGGCCGCAGUGCAAUUGAAAAUCAGGUGAUGGGAGAUGGACAGCACAUAGUUGAGUGGGUAAAGAAGAAAAUGGGAAGCUUUGAACCAGCAGUAUCUGUAUUAGAUGCAAAGCUUCAAAGACUACCUGAUCAAAUGGUGCAAGAAAUGCUUCAAACACUAGGGAUCGCUAUGUUUUGUGUGAACUCGGCACCAUCCGAGAGGCCAACAAUGAAGGAAGUUGUAGCCUUGCUCAUGGAGGUCAAAACUACUCCUGAAGAAUUAGGAAAAACCAGUCAACCUCCAAUAAAACAGCAGCAUUCAACUCAUAGCUAGCUGAUUCUUGUUUUCUCCUUACUGUUUUCUUGUUCUUCAUUAGAUACAUUUUCCUAUUAUUGUUCACAUUGUAGGAAGGGUAGAGAAAGAUGGUUCUUUGGCUUAGAAGGAUUUUAUUUCAUAAUUUCUUGUACAGAUUUGUAGGAAACUAUUAACGUGUUUGAAUCCUUUACCACCCGUUUGGUAAUCGGUAUUAAAUGGUAGAAAUGCUAAUGGAAAGUCAGAGUAGUUUUGGUAGAAAUUUCUUUUGACAAGUUUA